GAUCGUCAGACGAAACAGGACGUGGGUCAGGAAGAUGUUAAGAGAUGGGGACACAAUCAUAAAAUGAAUAUGUACUCGAAAUUGCACGAGGGUUGCCGAAAGCAUUGAAAGCUCGGUGUAGUUGCGGUCGCCAUUUUCUCGGGGAGUUAUCUGUCCGCCGUGUUUUUGAUUCCUGAAGUGUUUUUUCGGGUAAAGAUCUGCCGACAAUUAGAGCCCAUCUCGCGCGGGCGUCUAUCAAAUGGCUUGCUUGAACACUUUAAAACAAGAAAUUAAAACUCUCGAGUCUGUGUUUCCAAAGAGCCAUGAGAGGUUUCAGAUAAUGUCAGCGAGUGUCGACGAGCUCACCUGCAGGUUCGUCGGUAAAAAUGGGAAGAAAUAUGAGAUUCAUGCGAAUAUCACAGAAACCUAUCCUUCCACCCCACCAGUCUGGUUUGCAGAGUCAGAAGAAACAAGCGUGACAAAUGCAGUACAAAUUUUGAGUAACACCACAGGCCGGGACAACCAUGUAAUUAAUCAGGUGGGAAUUCUCUUAAAAGAAUUGUGUCGUUUGCACUCAUUGCCUGAACCACCUGACGUUGAACGACUGAGAACUGCAUUGGAUCCGCUUCGACUGGGAGGAGCAGCUGCAGCUGUAACUCAAAGAAUGGAAGCUGAGGAUGCGGAAGAUAUAGAAGAUGAUGAAGAAAGCGAGACUGAAGAGGACCUACAUUUAGACAUGGACGAGGGAGAGGCUAAUGCCAAGAGUAAGGGUGACGAAAUGGACCUAGAGCACCUGGCGACACUUGAAAGGUUGAGACAAAAUCAGAGACAAGAUUAUUUAAAAGGAUCAGUGUCGGGCAGUGUUCAAGCGACUGAUCGACUUAUGAAAGAAUUGCGUGACAUAUACCGAAGUGAUAGUUUCAAAAAAGGAAUGUACAGCAUAGAACUUGUUAAUGAUAGCUUGUACGAGUGGAAUAUCAGGUUAAUGUGUGUUGAUCCUGAUUCCCCACUACACAAUGAUCUCGUCCUCCUUAAAGAAAAAGAGGGUAAAGACAGUAUUCUUCUUAACAUGCUCUUUAAGGAGACAUAUCCGUUUGAACCACCAUUUGUACGAGUUGUUCAUCCGAUAAUAUCAGGUGGCUACGUACUAGUAGGUGGUGCAAUUUGUAUGGAGUUACUAACAAAGCAAGGCUGGAGUUCGGCAUACACGGUAGAGGCCGUUAUAAUGCAAAUUUCCGCGACGUUGGUGAAGGGAAAAGCACGUAUACAGUUCCAAGGAGCAGGUGGUGGAGGAAAAGUAUGUGGCAGCCAAGGACAAUAUAGUCUGGCACGUGCUCAGCAGUCCUUUAAGUCCCUUGUGCAGAUACACGAAAAAAAUGGUUGGUUUACUCCACCGAAAGAGGAUGGCUAAUAAAUAGGAAAUAUCAACAAGCGACUACACGAUGCGUGCUUACAGCUGAGACUUUAAUUCGGUGUGUGCCCAACAAUUAAUUGUUACGAUAAUGAUUUGAUACACAAACACAACAUUAACUAGGUAACUUUUAAGAUAUGAUUGAUAUUAUGCAUAACUUCUCUGAUUGCUUAUAUGGCUGAUAUGCAAACAGUGAAGUGUUUGGGACUCAUACGAUACGUGUCUUGUACGCACAGAUAUUGAGGCUAACAGCAUUAGAGGUUGUUAGAUAUCAUCGAUUAUACAGGCUGCAGCUGACUGGUCUUCGAGAAAGACAACAGAGAGCCUCUUUCGCAUGUAAGUGCAUUGCAUAUAUCAUAAAUUUUCAUGCGAUUUAUUCUUCCAUCGAAUUAUAUUAAUUACCCCGCAAACAUGUAGCAGAAUAUUUGUUAUUUAUUAUCCUCUUAACACACCUUUCAAUUUGCAUCUAUAAGUUUUGACAGCGAUGUGAACGUCGAAUAUUUUGCUGUUAGGAUUGACAUCUGUGCCUCUACAUAUUCCAUCAUUGUGUGCAUCGAUUGUUUUGAUUCUCCUGAUAAUUCUCGAUAAAUUCAUUAAAGAUCACAGAGCCAGUGGUUCUGUUUCAUUACAAAAAUAUGAGGCGGAAUGAAUAUUUCAAAUUUUGCGAUAAGCGUGUGUAUUAUCAACAAGACUCGUUUAAGACGUCUGCUGUAUACAAGAUAAAGAUUGGCAGCCAUAUCGUAGGCACACGCAACCAAAUAUGUAGAAUUACAGAAUGUGAUAAUCAUUGACAAAUUCAAUGUUGGAAAAUCUCGGUUGCGUUUGAUGUUGAUUAAAGAAUCUGCCUGUUUAUCUCAAGAUGUCUUACCCGAGAAUUUCUUUUCACACAUCAAAUUCAAUAUGCAGUCCAAGUGAGGGCCACACGUUUUCCACAAGUCAAUCCACAAAUGAUUGAAUUGAAAUAUUUAUUCUCAACAGCUGUAUAUAAAAUUUACUAGCGUUCUUAACUAGUAUACGACAUCGUGUUACAGACCUAUUCCAUGUAACUGCUAUAAGACUUUCUGCAAAUAUAAGUUCAAACACGAAAGCUUUGUACGAUUUUUGUCGUGCAUAUGACGCAAACCGUAGAAUACUUUGUAAGAAUGUAUGUGCGUGUAUAUUAUCCAAUAGACAGUGAGCUUGAGUGAGAUUGUGCAUUUCUAUUUGUUAUAUCGUGUAUUUCUGUAUGUUCCACAUGAAACAUCAUAUAUCUACUAGUUUCUUAUAUUGAAUUCGGUGUGCAGUUAUAACAUUUAGAUCUCGUUUAAUACAUACAUAAAAUGUAAAUAACUGAUAAGUCGCACACGGCAUUAGCUUCAAAGAGUUUUCAAAUUAUUGGUAAAUUUUUAAUUUCCAAAGACAGAAAGAUAUGGGAAAAGUAGUAAGAAAAGUACGAGAAAACGGUUUGGUUGUGUGCGCAUCUCAUAGAUCAUCAGCACCAUUGAAAAACUGCCAUUCAGCCUUACAGUAGAAAUCAACUUAGGCCGGUGUUUCCAGUGCAAGAAGAAUUGAGCCACGUCUCGUACAAAAGAUCCCAAAUGUAUAGAUUGUUUCAAACUGAAUGAGAUUUGUACCGUUGAACAGGCAUUCGUAAUCAUAUUUUCUCAAUUCUUGUAUGCACCAUAAAAACUGUUAAAAAUUAGGUACUUGUCUGCCUUAAAUUAUUUUUAUAUGUUGAGUGAAACAAAACUUUGCUUACAAAUUGAUAAUCCUUCCGUGAUAAAUCAGAAUACACUGGAAUGUAUAUACAAAUUAACGUGGCAAUGCAUUAUGAAAUAAUCUUAAUGGAAUAACCCAUUCUACAUCUUUUACUAAGUUAUAAUAUUUGGAUGCAUAAACAUUUUGAUGCCCCCUGGAUCUUUUGACAAUGUGGUCCAAUUGUUAUUUGCCAAUAAAUAAAUAAACAGUAUACAACUAACUAUCUGCUGGCCACUCACGAUAUUUAUAUUUCACAAUCCAUUCUGUUCGUAUUGAUAUUUCAUUUUUCAACCUGUUGUAAUCCGAACGAAGUGAAAGAAAAAAAAAUCAUUGACAUUCUAAUGGUAUUUUGCUAUCACGCAAAAUUCCUAACAUGCCAAGCUUAAACAUAGUCACUAAUUGUUAGAAGGCAAAAGGAUCUAUCUGUUGUUAUGGUUGAAUUAGCAGAGUUGUAUGGUAAAUGAAAUGUGAAGCGGGCAGUUUUGCCAUAUAUUGAAUUGUUCGUUGAUUCCAACCUUUUGAUUCCAAUAAUUACAUUGUUCAAUUAUUGUAUAUUAUUCAACUACUUUUGAAGUUGAGUUACUGUUAUACCUGUAGAGGUUGCUGUGUAACUCUACAAAUUGGAAUGGAUCGAUCCAUUUGCUCUGUGACUAUGGUAAUGUUGACCUCAUCUCACUUAACAUUAUUGAUAAGAGGCAAGAGAAUUUGAACCUUAUUUUACCCAAUGAUUACUUUGCAUCAAAAUAGGAUUAUCAAUCUAUUUUGUAUUAGCAACUUUAUCUGGUGAUUCAUUUUAAAAUGACUUGCUCCGAAUAUUUUUACUUUCCGAUGAUGAAACUUUUCCCAUAAAGCCAAGGUAGAUAUUACCUGUACCAUCUCUAAUAAAUCAAGUUUACAAAUUAUUAUCAAAAAUUUCCCAAUUUUUAGAUUAAAACAACCUCAUACCCUAGCAAAUCAGUAGGAUAUUUUUUGCAUACUUAGUAAAUACAAAUAACAUCUAAAACAGACAAACAACCUAGCUUUGUUACUAAUUGGUAAAGUAAGGAUAUUUGUGGCAAAAAUUGAACUCAAAUCUUCAUUAAUUAUUUCCGUCAGUUCGCGCAAGUGAUGAUUCAAGUAAUUGUUGUGUGCAAAUUCCUUAGAUAUUAAUGGAAGUGAUUGUGCGAGAAUGUAAUAUUGAACAAGCAAGCUUGUAGCUUGAUUAUUCUUGCAUGACUGUGUGCAACGUGUGAUCAACCUCCGAAUACAAACAUAAGUCUUGUACGCCGUGUUCAGAGGAUAAUAUGAUAUUAAUUUCUCAUAUUACUUCACAACGCAAAGAAAUAUGGAAGAGAGUGCUGGCUGCCAUGGUGCGGUAAAGUACAGUCUGUAGACAAAACUGUCUACUUUUUAUUUGAAGCCUGCUGUUAUUGUUGUUGUUAUUAUUGUCGAUAUUACUCAUGUCGCCAUUCUUAUUAUUUGUAUUAUUGUGACCAUCCCUGCUAUUGCGUCUAGAUAAAAUUCUAUUGUCACCAUAUAGAUAUGUGUGUAUAUUUACUAUUUAGUGUCUUAGAUCCAUUUGCCUUCAAAACAUUUCACGUAGAAAUCAGGCUGGAAGCAAUUCUGAUAAUUUGAUUGCAAAGCUAUUUGUCAUGAAAUUGAGGUCUGAAAUAAUAAUAAACAAUUCAAUCAAUUUACUUGCAUCUGCGCCCAGCACUCUAUUCGGCUAAUGUAAAUGCUGUUAGCCAACCAUUCAUUGUACGGUAUACUUAGGAUCAUAACCAUCAGUCAAAGAACAUACUAUUCAUGUAUUUACACUACCAUUAUGAAUUUGACGUUACAAAUUUUAGUAUAAUAUGUUAUUAUAUUUUUCCUUUUACUCCAGAAUUUCGUAUUAGAUUAUGUUAAUUAUUAUUUAGGAGAACGCUAUGAGGAUGAAUAAAGAUUUUAAUAAAAA